GACACAUGGAUGUACCCCAGUGUUGCCCUCUUUUAUCCUGCUUUGGCCCGGGCUGUCCUGCAGUACCGUGUAGAAACACUAGGAGGAGCUCAAGCAAACGCUCAGCAGAUGGGCUGCAAGGGUUUGAAGUUUGCAUGGGAGAGCGCAGUGACGGGUGUCGAUGUUUGUCCAGAAGACGUUUACUCCCAGCAGGAGCUUCACAUUAACGGAGACGUGAUUCUGGCCUUCCAGCAGUACUUCUAUCUCACGCAGGACUUGGAGAUGUUUCGGUCCGGACGGGGCAGUGAGGUGGUGUGGGGUGUUGCUGAUUUCUGGGUUUCACGGGUGACAUGGGACUCUACUGACCAACAGUACCAUAUUAAAGGUGUGAUUCCUCCUGAUGAAUAUUACUUCACUGUGGACGACUCAGUGUUCACUAAUGCAGUCGCUCAGCGCAGUCUUGAGUUUGCGGUGGAGCUUUCGGGUCUGUUAGCUCGGGUUCCUCCUCCUGCUUGGCAGGACGUCGCUGACAAGAUCAAAAUUCCCUUUGACCCGGAGCUGAAGUUUCACCCGGAGUUUGACGGAUAUAAGCCAGGCAGUAAAGUGAAGCAGGCGGAUGUGGUUUUGCUGGGUUUCCCGCUGGCUUUUCCCAUGAGCCCUGAGAUCAGACGCAAUGAUCUGCAGAUGUACGAGGCCGUCACUGAUCCGCUCGGACCCGCCAUGACCUGGGGCAUGUUUGCUUUGGGCUGGCUUGAACUUGGAGAGGCAGAAAGAGGCCAAAAGCUUCUGCAGAAAUGCUUCAAAAAUAUCCAGAAACCAUUUCAGGUCUGGAGUGAAUCGGCCGAUGGCUCUGGAUGUGUAAACUUCCUGACAGGGAUGGGUGGAUUCCUGCAGGCCGUGUUGUUCGGCUACACAGGCUUCAGAGUACAGAAGGAGCAGCUGGCCUUCUCUCCGCUGCUGCCGCUGGACGUUUCUGCGCUCAGUGUGAAGGGUGUUUGUUAUCUCGGCCAUAAGAUGGACUGGAUGAUCACAGGAGAAGAAGUGAAGGUUUCCGUGAGGAAGACUGCCAGCAAACAGACUUUCUCUCUUCAGGUUGUGCUCAAUUCUGGAUCUACACUCCCGCUUACUCCAGGACAGUCUGUAAGCUUUCCACGUCAGUCUGGUCACAUCCGUCAACUAAAGUCCUGUUCUUCCUGCUGGCCCAUCUGACGAUCCACAUCACAGACCAAACUCUUACUCUUGUUUUUUUUUUUCUUCCAAUGUUUUGGAAACAUUAAUACCAAUAAUACAUUUUAUAAACACUAUAUCAAGAUUUUAUAAAUAGCAUUCUUAUGCCCUUUAUUCUGCAUCUUACUGUAAUACUUUACUUUAUGGCUGGUAAAUAUAUGAACUAUUAUUACACGAAUUACAGUAAACUCUAGGAAUAUUGAUCUGUUUACAGUAAAAUAAUGAUGAUUCCUUGUCAUUUUAAGGGGGAUUUAAAACAUUUCUAUGCUAUAUCGAUCAGUGCUGUUGUUGAUUGUUGUUUUAUUUUAGUAAUUUCUGCCAAACACAUUUA